GUGUAACACAUACACACACACACACACACACACACACACACACACACACACACACACACACACACACACACACACACACACACACACACACACACACACACACACACACACACACGCACACAUGCACACACACUGUAUCAAUUGGUUAGGGAUACAGUAUCAAACCGGGGCCACAUGGAAAUCCUGCGGGUUUGAUACAUUCCUGCAAGCUUCAUUCAGGGCGAGUGAGGCGGGCGAUAACACCCCGGAAUAGCGAGAUGCUCUCGGGUUUGUCGCUCCCGGUGAACCUGGAUCGAAGCAGAAAUAAAGAGCGUCUGGAGGCCAGUCUCGCCGGCCUCCUCGAGCUGCAGUUCCUGAGGCAAAGGCAGGAAUUUCUGGUGAAAGAGGCUUUACAGAUCGCCGGGAAUAGACGCGAACAGGACCCGCUCGUGUUGAACUGGGAUUUAAACGGAGGCGAUACCUUUUAUCCAGGAGGCUGUCUCAGGGAAACUGAAGCCAACAGUCUGAGGAGGCAUUUGAAUGGGCUGAGACGCCAAGAACUCGCUUUCCUCAGCCCCCUCCAGCAACUGGAGAGGCAGGUCAGCGACCUCCGACUCGAUGCGUCGCAGACUCCUGGAGGGGAACCAGAGAUCGACAGUCGCCCGAGCUCAGGCUUCUAUGAGCUCAGCGAGGGCCCGUCCCCCGCGCUCUCCGACUCCUCCGCCUCCAUCUUUGCCGAGUGCUUCCCCAGCUUGCAUUCUGCUGCGUGCAACUACCCGCGGCUUGGCUUGGCUGACGCUCGCAUUAAUUAUGCAAACGAACGACCCAAAUCAUUAGCCGAGCCUCUGCACACAGACCAGGAGGAGAGCCUGAGCUAUGCCGACAGCGACUACGUCUCCUCGGUGCCCCGCUCCUUCUCGGUGCCCCACUCGGAGUCACUGGAAGCUCUGGCGGACAUGCGGUCGAAGCACCCGUCGGACCUGAUGACCCGCGACAACCUGGAGCUCUUCACCUACCCUGGCCCCCUCCACGCCAUGGCCGUACAGAGCCCCCUCCUUGGCCAAGCCCUGCGGGCAAGCAGCGAGGACAAGCCCUUCUCACCCACCUCCUUCCUGGGCGCCUACAAGCUGGACGGUGACGGCGAGCUGUUCUUCGGCUCCGAGGCCGAGCUGGCCCAAGGCCUGGAGGCCGUGCAGUCAAAGAGGCUGGAGAAUUACAUCACCGGCCUGGUCCACAAGAGGGUCUACCCGGUCCGCUCGAACAAGCCGAGGACGAGCCUCGCGGCGGACCCCACCAAGGGCCUGAUUCGCCAAAGCAGCCUGUGCCAGAGGAACACCGAGUCCGCCAGCCCUCAGAGUCCCAGCUGCGAGCAGGUGUACCCCUCGUCCGAGAGGGGGAAGAUCUCCAGUUCCCACAGCUUCGACGGCAGCCUGCCCACCGCAAGGUACAGGCCCCAGUGGAGCACAGGUGGGGACCAGUCGUCGGCCAAGAAAAAUCUCCCCAGCUGCCAGGCCUCAGACAGCUUCGCCGGUGCCGCCCAGAAGCCAAAGGGCACGGAGGAGGCCCAGCACUCCCAGAGCCUGAGGAAACAGGUCAGGCUCAUGACGAAUACUCCACCCAUGAGACCAACCUCCCUGGAGUACCACGACUUGAAUUACCACCCGGCCAUGCGGGCAUCACCUCAGGAGAGCUACUACCAGAACGUGUACUCACUGGACGACGGGUCCCGGGCCUUUGCACCCACUCGGGCCAACUCAGUGGAAGUCCAGUCACCACCUUUCGAGCAACGCAUCGCCGCUGGGCCUGAGGUCCGAGAGAAGAGGUCGCCCAUCCGGGGACUCGACGACGGGGCCUACCAGAUGGUCAACGCGCAGUACAUACCGGCCAAGCAGCCAUACCGAGGGCAAGGGGGAGGGCCGGGGGGCCGGGCCAAGGCCGCCAUGCUCAGCAAGUGCCGCUCGGCCGACAUGUCGCCCGAGGCGGUCCCCCCCGGCUUCAGGGAGAAGGGCAAGGCCCCGGGCAAGAAGUGUCGCUUCAGCGAGGAGGCGGAGGCCGCGAGGAGGAACGGCCGCAAGCCUUCGCCGCGGGCCAAGAAGACGUGCCGCUCCAACUCGGAGAACAGCCUAUUGCACCGGCAGAGCUCGGCCGGUGGCAAGUACAACACGGUGGAGCGGGAUGAGGGCCGCUCCCUGCGGUCCAGGCGUCACCCCAGCGGCGGCGGCAGCGGCGGCUACCGGCGCUGGAGGUCGACGGCGGAGAUCAGCCAGGAGGAGGUCGCGGUCGCGGCCGCUGAGCCUUAUGCGCCUGGGGAGGGCCAGCGGCGGCUCAGGAGGUACCAGAAGGUGGCCGGCCACCAGGCCGGCAGCGACCUGGAGGACCGGGCGCCUCCCGAGGACGAGGGGCCGGGACCCAGGGCCUAUGGCGCCCAUGGCGGCUUCGGUGACAGCGAGUCGAGCCUGAGCGAGGUCGAGUCGCCGGCCUUCAGCACCUGCUCCAGCGAGACGGACGACGAGGGCGGCGGGCUGGUGUGGCCUCAGCAGAUGGCCCCGCAGGCGGCUGGCCGCAACGCAGCCCAGCCCAAGGUCUUCGUCAAGAUCAAAGCCUCCCAUGCGCUGAAGAAGAAGAUUCUUCGUUUCCGCACCGGCUCCCUCAAGGUUAUGACAACUGUGUGAGGGGAGCAACUCGGGACGUCCCAUCAGAGCUUUGAAGCUGUCCUACCCCCCCCAACCCCCACCAUCCCCACUGCAAGUUUAUCGGAAGAGGGGACUGGGCCGAUAGAGGCGAGAGCCCACCUGACUCUUUAUCCAUACCUCCACCUGACGUCCGCACAGAUCUCCUCCCCUUCCCCAUGGCAGCCGGAGAACUUUCCAGAAGCACCGUACAGAGCAGAGGAUGAGGGGAGGGUGGCACCAGGCCUGGUCUCGUGCCCCAUUUUCUGUGGCGAGGGGCGGGUCUCGAAGCCACAACCUCCUGCCGCAUCCGCUUCCGCCUGAGCCCUCGCCAGAGAAGUGCCCCGAGGAAACGGGGGGCCCCCCAUGUGCCAAGGAAAACCCCUCUGCGUGAUGGAAUUCCAGCUCGAGGGCCCGGUUCACUCGCGCCUGGUUCCGCGACCUCACCUCGCGGAGGGGCUGUCCGUUAAUCCUACGCCGCAUCAACCGACCACGACUUAUUUUACGCUGUGUUACCACGGAGAGUCUCUUGACGUUUUUGUGGUGGAAGGCUUUCUAGAUCAAGGAGCAGACAAGGACUUGGGUUUUGAAUGUCGCCUGCUGGUUGGCACCCACCCCCUUCGCCAUCCCUGACUGACGUUCCUGUUUCAAAUUUCUCACCUCUGUGGUCAAAUCCCUCAGCCACACCUGAUCAAGUGAUAUCCUCAGAUUCAGAUUGUUUUUUUUCGUUCAUUUACCGAAACAUAUAGUGAAUUGUGUCACAACAGACACAAAAUGCUGGAGGAACUCAGCAGGCCAGGCAGCGUCUAUGGAAAAGAGUACAGUCGAGGUUUCGGGCCGAGACCCUUCACGACUGUGGUACAAGCUGGCAGCGAAGACAUGUUCCCAGGCGGACGACAUGUCGUUACCCAGACCCACUACUAGAGCCGUGUAUAUCUUCCCAGAAACAUAACUUCGCCACCAGCUUGUACCACAUUAGUGAAGAGUCUCGGCCGAAACGUUUUCCACAGACAGUGCCUGGCCUACUGAGUUCCUCUGGCAUUUUGUGUGUGUUGCUUGGACUUCCAGCGUCCGCAGACUCUCUCUCGUUAGUGAAAUGAGCCAUGUGCCUCAACGACCAACACACCCAAGGGUGUGCUGGGUGGGUGGGUGGGGAUGCCGCCCGCAAGUGUCACCAAACAUCCCGGCACCAGCAGGCCUCUGGGCCUCCAAUGUCCUGCGGACCCCAGCCCUCUACCACCCUCAAAGACCUCUGUGCCCCCCCAACUCUGGGUUCUUGAUCGCCUGAAUUUCCUGCCACCAUCGGCAGCCCUGUCUGCGCCCUGGCUCCUUGAACUUUGAACUUGCCCCCUUAAGCUGUACCAUAGAGGCUCCCCUCUUCAUCAGCUUCGAGCCCCCUUGUCUCUGCAUCUCCUCUGGUGGCUCAGGGAUAUUUUACCCAGAUUCAGAACAAGCCCCUUGGAUACAUGACAGCCAUAUGUAACAGAUGAUCGCACCAAAGCAGGCUCUGAUAACAAACUUACUUUGAACUUUGAAACUAGCACCCUCAGCCCAUCAAGGCAUUUGGAAAACCCAUUUACACAAGUCCUAUUUUAUUUUAUUUUCUCCCACCUUCCCAUCGUUCCUCCCCCCCCCCCAGAUUCCAUCACUCACUGCACACAAGGGGACGAUUUACAGCGGCUAUUUAUCCUGCCAACCCGAAAGUCAUUAGGACGUGGGACCCCGUGUAGUUGCGGGGGGAACAGACAGUACCCGAAGUCAGGAUCGAACCUGCACCUUUACCCGUGUAUCACAUAAUUCCCUCUUUUCUGUUGCCUCGGUUUCACAUUGCUCCGGAGCUGGGCAGCGUUAACAGCCCCGUCUGCCUAACACACAUCCAGGCCAACCAAGGCCCCUUCGUGAGCUAGUCCCGUUCGCUUUUAGCCAAUCUCAACCUUAAGGAACCACAGUACAUCGGCGGAAAUUUGCGACUGUCGACAUACCGAGCCUCCACAAACUCUGAGUAAAACGUAGCCGCUGUUGUGCCUUCUUGUAACUGGAAUAUGUUGGCCCCAGGAUAGACCUUCAGAGAUGUUGAUACCCAGGAACUUGAAACUGCUCACUCUUUCCACUGCUGAUCUCCUUAUCCUGACAGGUGUGUGUUCCCUCGACUUCUCCUUCCUGAAGUCCACAGUCAAUUCCCUGGUCUUACUGACGUUGAGUGCAAGAUUGUUGCCACAAUGCCACUCAACCAGCUGAUCUAUCCCACUCCUGUACGCCCCCUCGUCACCAUCUGAAAUUCUCCCAACAAUGUUUGUGCCAUUGGCAAAUUGAUAGAUGCCUGUUUGAGCUGUGCCUGGCCACACAGUUGUGGGUCUAGAGACAGUAGAGCCUCCCCGCAUCCUUGAAGAGCGUCUGAGUUGACUUUCAGCGAGGUGGAGAUGUUAUUUCCAACCUGCACGGGCUGUGGCCUCCCGGUGAGGAAAUCGAGGGUGCAGUUGCAGGUAAUGGCACAGAGGACCAGAGUUUGGAGCUUGUUGAUUAGAACUGAGGGGAGGAUUGUGUUGAACGCAGAGAUGUAAUUAGUAAACAGCAGCCUGACGUAGGUAUUGCCGUUGUUCCUGGCAAUCCAUGGCCGAGCAGAGAGCCAGUGAGGUUGCAUCAGCUGUAGACCUGUUGUGGCGAUAGGCAAAUUACGGAGGGUCCAGGUCCUUGCUUAGGCAGGAGUUGAUUCUGACCAUGACCAACCUCUCAAAGCCCCUUGUAGCAGUAGAUACGUAUCCCACCGUGUGACACGUCUUUGAGGCAGACCUUGGGCACUGGUAUGCUUGAAGCAAGAAGGAACCUCCGACGGCAGCAGUGAGAGAUCGAGCAUGUCCCUGAACACUCCAGCCGGUCGGCUGGCAAGGGUUUUCAGAGCCCAUCAGGGCCUGGUGCCUUGAAAGAGUUCACCCUCCUGAAAGAUGUCCUCAUAUCGGCCUCCGAGACAGGGUCACCAGAUGCCGCAGGGAUACGCAUGGCUGUAGCGUUAUUCUCCCUUCCAAAGCGAGCAUAAAAGGCCUUGAGCUCGUCUGGGAGCGAAACAUCGCAGCCACUCACGAUGUUAGGUUUCGUUUUGCAGGAAAUAAUGGCCUGCAACCCUGCGAGAGCUGAUGUACAUCCGAUUCCAUCUGUAACCUCAAUUGGAAUUGUUUCUUCACUCUUAAAAUAGCCCUCCGCCCAGUGACGGGACGGUGUGGAAAGAGCCUCACCCUGUGCCUGACCCUUGAAUUCCAAGUAGUUCAACUUAUCAUCCAAGUACGUUUAUGUUACCAAUAUACUUGAAAUUCAUUUUCUUGCAGGCAUUUACAAAAAAAUAAAAGAAAUACAAUAGAUGGUUAAAGAGACUUUACAUAAACAAAGACUGACAAACAACCAAUGUACAAAAGAUGUCACCCUUCGGCCUACUACUCUCCAGGGGCAACAUUUCCAGCCAAUCAAAUCUUUCCUUAUUACACAGUCCCAGCAGCAUCCUUUGUGAAACUUCUCUGCGCCCUUUCUAAUUCAAACACGUUCUCCCUUUGAACUGCGCACAAUAUUCCGGGUGUGAUCAAACCAACGGCCCUCUCCAGCUGCAGUAUGUAACUGUGUGGGAUGCAUCCUGCUUUCCCACGAGGGAAAGAUCGGAGAGGGGCAAAUUCCCACCACCACCCCACACGUUCCCACAUCGAAUUCAAUCCCCCAGCAAUUCCUGGUGCAGGAUGUGGGGGGCCGGUGAGCCUCUGGCGCGAGAUACCCAUCCCUCUUUUGACAGCCUCUUGACUGCGGAAGCCUAGCGCCAAGCGGGAGGGGCAGUCUUGGGGAAUCCCCAUGCCUCACCGCAUUCCCUGAGAAAAUCCUGCUCGGCAGAGACUACGAGCAGACAGCUGGAAUUUGCUUCCCGCUUUCUUUUUCAUUUAUUGAAAGACCCAGCAAGGUAGCAGGCCCUCUCCGGCCUGUACCACACACCCGUGACCAAUUGGCCUACUAACCCACGGAGUUGGAGGAAACCCACGUGGUCAUGGGGAGAACGUACAAACUCCUUGCAGGCGAUGGCGGGAAUUGAACCCGGAUUACUGGCGCCAUCACGGUGUUACACUAAUCGCUCUGCUAUUGUGUCACCGUUAAUAUCUUGAGUGAGAAUCCUCAGUAAAUCACAGGGGCUCCAGGAACCCGCAGCCAAGUACGAUGCGAGUGAUAAACAAGAGAGAAUCUGCAGGUGCUGGAAAUCUGAGCAACACACACACACACACACACACACACACACACACACACACACAAGACGCCGGAGGAACUCAGCAGGCCAGGCAGCAUCCACGGAAAAAAAGUUCAGUCGACAUUUCGGGCCGAGAUCCUUCGGCAGGACUGGUGUAAGUGACGCAUCCCAGCUGAGUGGGUUGUGAUUUGAGUUGGAGGGGAGGGGUUGGAUUGACUGGGGGUGGGUGGGAAUCACAAGAUUGACCACCCCCCCCGCCCAACAUGAAUAUGACGUGGGCAAUCAUGGUCUCGUGACCAUGAUUGCUCUUGGGAAAUUUUUUGACAGAAACGGCUUCUUCCGGGCAGUGUCUUCGCAAGAUGGGUUACACUCCCCCCGUCCCCCAGCCGUUAUCAA